GGGUGAGGCUGUUGACAGAAGGACCCCAGGUGGAGAGAAGACAAGUGUAACAGGGUGCCACAACAUCCAAAAAGGAGCAAUGUAAGGUAGGGAAAUGUUAUUACUACAUAGCCAGAUUCUAAAUUGUAUCCUCAAGCCUUUCAAAAGUGUUUUAUACUGUACAUUAGUGUUACAUACAUGUUUUAAACAAAUAAAUGUCACAUUUGUGUUUUGCAUCAGGAGAUGGAAUUUGAUCACUAGGUCUUCAAUAUAAUUUUUAUCAUGUGUGUAUUUCUUUUUUUUGAUAGCAGAAAGAACAGUGAACCCCCAAAGAAACGGAACUGCUCUAAAUAAUCACAGUUAAAUGUGAAGGAAUUGGCAUUAUGAUAACCACGUUUUCAGAGUAGCCAUGUUAGUCUUGUGCGACAAAAACAAGAAAUAUUAAUUUGGCACUACAAACACAUGUAGCAUUGUUCUAUUGUGGGCUACAUGCCACUUUAACAGACAAAUGUUGUGUUAUCAUGAGUAGUUUAUAGAAAUGAUUUGGCUGAAACGCAAGGUCAGAGGAAAAUGAAAAGUGCCCACAAAUUUCUUAACAGUGUGAUUUACAGGUUACAAUAAUAUUAAUUUUUUUUUGGGGGGGGGGGGAGUCCCCAAUGCCAGCACUGUCUAUGCAAUAACCCAUUGUGACUCCCCUUUUAAUUUAAAUAUUGACUUAGCAAUCUACUUUAUGGUCCCACAUAUAGAGAAGAAAAUGAGACACCAAUUCAAAUGGCCCCUAAAAAUCCACCCGGUAAGUUCCUUCCAUUACUAUUUCCUCUUCAUAGGAACACAAAUGAUCUAAGCCACAGGCUUCAAUGAAGCUCAGAUGGUCACAGUUGUGAAAGGGUGCUGUGAAGACCUGCCAAUGAAACAACCCAGUGCUCCCCGUGGGGACCUGAUAUUGCUGCCCCCCAGCCCCACCCCCAGUCCCAUGCAGGUGAACUGCAGAGACACUGACACGGGAAUCAUAGAAUCAUAGACUCAUAGAAUUGCAGAGUCGUCUAGUCCAGUGCCCUGCAAUGCAGGAAUCUCAGCUGAAGCAUUCAUGGGAAAGGGGUGCCUCCGUGGAGCUGUCCUGCUAUGAGGGCUGCUACUUCCACAAGCUCAUCAGCAUCACCUUCCCCUUCAUUUCUUUCUUUCUUUCUUUCUUUCUUUCUUUCUUUCUUUCUUUCUUUCUUUCUUUCUUCCUUCCUUCCUUCCUUCCUUCCUUCCUUCCUUCCUUCCUUCCUUCCUUCCUUUUUUUUUAAAAAAAAAUUAAUAGGAGCCAGUGUGGUGUAGUGGUUAAGAGCGGAAGACUCGUAAUCUGGUGAACCGGGUUCGCGUCUCUGCUCCUCCACCUGCAGCUGCUGGGUGACCUUGGGCCAGUCACACUUCUCUGAAGUCUCUCAGCCCCACUCCCACUCACCUCACAGAGUGUUUGUUGUGGGGGAGGAAGGGAAAGGAGAAUGUUAGCCGCUUUGAGACUCCUUAAAGGGAGUGAAAGGCGGGAUAUCAAAUCCAAACUCUUCUUCUUCUUCUUCUAAUUGCAUUUUUCAGAAAUGGACAAUAAAACUAUGCAGACUACAUGAAAAGCCUUGCACAAAGAGAUUGCCUCACAGGGUUCUUGUGGGAAUUAAAUGAAGGGGAGAGUUAUUAUUAUUGGACCACAGUGACACGUGCUUUAGUUACAUCACGAUUGGAUUGCUGUAACGUGCCUUUGAAAAGUGCUCGGAAACUUUAACUGAGUCAAAGAGCUGCUGUCUGGGGCUGGUUAUAAGGAGAACAUGACUCCCUUGUUAGAACAGUUCAGCUGCAUGGGCAUAGCCAAGGAGGGGGCGGCGGGGGGGGGGGCUGGCUUCCCUUAGAUCCUCAAAAAGUUUUGGAAAGCAUAAAAAAAUCUCCAAUGAACUGCCCCCCACUCCCACAGAAGCUACUGGUCUGUUUCUGUGCACCAUUCAAAGCACUGGUUGUGACCUAUAAAGCCCACUAUGACUUACCGUAAGUCCAAGCUAUCUGGUAUAAUUCUGUGAAAAGAAAUAUUUAUGGAAAUGUUGGCCCAGCUCCAGUUUCUAGUGAACAUAUAUUGUAAUUUUCCAGAUCCAGCUCCCAAGAAAGAUGCAGGUAAGGAACAUGCUUAUGCUGCAAACAUAUAAACUGUCUUUAUUGUUGCAUUUUUAAUUGUUGUUGCCCACCCUGGGACUUUAGGGUUAAAGGUGGGUAGGAAUAUAAGAAAGCCAGUGGCCCAUCAAGUCCAGCACCCUGUUCACACCAUGGCAGCCUGCUGCUGUAAUGUGUUCAAGCCCAGAGAUCUGAGCUCAAUGGCGCCAACUGGAACUGUACAGACCCGUUGAGAGCUUGCUUUUGACCUCAGUGGGAACUCAUGACGUCCUGGUCAUCCCCAGGACCUUCCUUGGGGGGUUCGUUGCCUACAAGCUGCCCCCAAACUCCCAAAAGCAGCAGCCAGUUCGCUGCAAUAGUGAGCCUUGUUUCCUUUCCCCCUCGCUGAAGUCCCUUCGCAGCGUUCUUUUAUACAUGUGUAGAUUCCACCAUGGCCACAGAUUUGCCUCCAAAAUGAGCUGAGUCACAAGGAGCACCAUGUUGGCUCCCCUGCUGCUCUGUAAGAUAGCAUCUCUCUGGUCUGUUGAGGCCACCCGGGGAAGACAGAGAGAUACAUGUCCUGAAGAAACCAUGCUUUCACACUAGCUUCCUCCAUCCACUUAGCCUUGCAAUUAUUAUUAUUAUUAUUAUUAUUAUUAUUAUUAUUAUUAUUUAUACCCCGCCCAUCUGGCUGGCUUUCCCCAGCCACUCUGGGCAGCUUCCAACAAAACACUAAACUACAAUAACCUAUUAAACAUUAAAAGCUUCCCUAAACAGGGCUGCCUUCAGAUAUCUUCUAAAAGUUUGGUAGUUGUUGUUCUCUUUGACAUCUGGUGGGAGGGCGUUCCACAGUGCGGGUGCCACUACUGAGAAGGCCCUCUGCCUGGUUCCCUGUAACUUGGCUUCUCGCAGCGAGGGAACCGCCAGAAGGCCCUUGGCGCUGGACCUUGCAAGGAUACAGCCCCUGAGCAGUUGGCUGCCCCAUUGACUUAGAAAGCUUGCUGUCACUUGUUGAUCUAGAUGCAAUGCCACAGAGUAUAGAAUAGAAUCAUAGAAUAGAAUCAUAGAAUCAUAGAGUUGGAAGAGACCACAAGGGCCAUCGAGUCCAACCCCCUGCCAAGCAGGAAACACCAUCAGAGCACUCCUGACAUAUGGUUGUCAAGCCUCUGCUUAAAGACCUCCAAAGAAGGAGACUCCACCACACUCCUUGGCAGCAAAUUCCACUGUCGAACAGCUCUUACUGUCAGGAAGUUCUUCCUAAUGUUUAGGUGGAAUCUUCUUUCUUGUAGUUUGGAUCCAUUGCUCCGUGUCCGCUUCUCUGGAGCAGCAGAAAACAACCUUUCUCCCUCCUCUAUGUGACAUCCUUUUAUCUAUUUGAACAUGGCUAUCAUAUCACCCCUUAACCUCCUCUUUUCCAAGCUAAACAUGCCCAGCUCUCUUAGCCGUUCCUCAUAAGGCAUCGUUUCCAGGCCUUUGACCAUUUUGGUUGCCCUCCUCUGGACCCGUUCCAGUUUGUCAGUGUCCUUCUUGAACUGUGGUGCCCAGAACUGGACACAGUACUCCAGGUGAGAAAUGAAAAGUAUGAAAAGCUUGUUUACUGUGAUGAGAGUGGGAUGAAUCACUGGUUGUUAAAUCAGAAUUUUCUGUCCUCUUGCCUCUUAAGCAACACCAGCUGAAGACAAGAGUUUCUUUAAAACGCCCCGUGGUGAAGCUGUAGUCGUAUUUUUUCUCUUCCUCCUGUUUCUCGCCUCUGUUAUGAUGGCCGGUCUAUGUAAGUUCAACUUUUUCAAAUACAUAAAACACUUCAGAAUGACUGUGGUGGCCUUUACUUCAGUGUGAAGAGAAGGAAUAAUCCAGUCUCUGCUAAGGUUCUUUAUCCAUUGAUUUCAGUGUGUGAACUAAACAUGUGAUUAAAAUCUCUACUGUUGAUAUCAAUGGCACAUUUUCUGUUCUCAAAUAAUUUGUCAAGACACUUUCUGUGCUUUGCAGGCUAAUAGGACUUCAUGGAGUGAAUUAGGGCUGGGUUGAAAAGGACUAUUUCUCAAGCAUUUCACCCACCUCAAAACCAGCUGUUCAGUUUCAUAACAGCCAACUUUUUGUUCUUCUGAGCCCUGCUCUGAGGUGCUUUUUCAAUUUUGUGAAAUUCAGAAUGUCUCUCCAUGGAGGGUGCCAUUAUCCUGUUCAGUAGCUGAAUACAGUACCUAUAGGUAUAAACAUAGAGCUUUACAAAGUGGGAAGAUCAUUCCUCCAGUAGUUGAUUUACUCAAGAAGUAUGAUUACUAUUAUAUGAAAGUCUUGUGAAGGCAUCAUUUGCCAAGCUCAGGCCUGGAUUUAUAUUCUCAAUGUUUUGUUGUCAUGUUCAUUGUUUAGUAUUACUCUGUAUAUUCUGUGAGCUGGUGCUCUGGCUAUCUUUUGGGGCUGAAGAUCUGGAUGUCAUCAACAAUGAUGUGCCAUCUCCCCUUGGGCUGAGCCAUGGCAUGGAAUCAGCCUAUGGGGAAAUUAUUUCUAGGACAUGGGAAGCCUUGACUAAGAAUCAGGCCUAGCAUUUGUGGCUUGGGAGUGAGAAUGGAGCUGCUGGUUGUGAAGGAAAAAAUAGGUAUAAAAAGAGAAUUCCCUGGAGGCCAAGAUCCAGGUUUGGGGCAACUACUUUUUGCUUCAAGAACCCCAGCAGAGAUUUAAUAUCACAAAUAUGCAGCCUGGUAAAGCGUGGAAAUAUAGGCUGUUAGACCUUUAAAAUAUGCCCUUCUUCAGUUCCUUCCAAAGUUUCCCACUUCAUCCAGCAUAGAAAAAGACCACACAUUUGGUAAGUUAAAAUUGGUUUACUCACAAACUCUUCAAAGGUCAAAUUCAUGUGCUUUCGCAUACAGCAGUAAGAAAACAUAGGCAGCAAAACUUAGAUUAGUUCCAAAGUGAUGAAAGCUCCUAAGUUAUUGCUAUAGGAACACAAGGAUGGCUUGUAGAAAAUCAUGCAUUCUGAACUUGGAGCAACUAGCUCAGACAUCUUUAAAUGCAGGCGUUCACAAGGUAGAUGAGGGAACAAUAGGCUUGACUUUUUUUUCCCUCCCCAGGGUGAGUGUGAGUGAUAUAAUGCCUUCAUGUAUUAUUAGACAUGUUGGUUAUAGGAGGCUGGUUAUCCCACAAGAGCCUUGCCAUUCUCUGGCAAAUGACUGUUGGUUGUUGGAGCACCGUUUAUUUCCCCCCAACGUCUUCUCUUUUUUAGAUUGUACAUUAUGGGCAGAACGCCGGUCAUUCUUCUCCGGAGUAAAACAGAUUCGGAAUUUUGUUGAAGGAUAUGAUCCAUCUUCUGUAGGCGUGGAUGGUAAGCAAUGUGAAGCAGUAGGAAUGUGAAGGGAAUCUCCUUUUUCCUUCUGCCCAACCCUGGGGUAUUUUCUCCCAGCAGAAGUGAUUUCAGGGAUGCAGCUUAGCUGGAAUUAAAACUGCUUUGGCAAAAGUUUGAUGCAGUGUAAAGUGAUGAGCAGACGGUGGGUCUUUUGAGGGCGGUAUUGAUUUAUUUUCAGCAUUUAGAUCCCAUCCUUCACUUAUAGGUUGCUGGGCAGAUCACAGCACAGAACGAUCUACAUGACACCCCACAUGUAUAACUUGGUAACAAAAACUUUUUAAAAGACAAUCGCUGAGAGACCUGGCAGAAGAAGAAAAAUCUGCCAACCUAAAAUCGAAAAUCAAUGGGAGUGGGAAGUUCGCCUGGCUCCCCUUUCCCUACACAAACACCUACAUUCACAACAUCCAAAAACCACAAACCCAAGAACCCGUGUCUCCUGGAGGGACCCUGUGUUGGCCUGAGGCAUCCCAGCAGGAAAGGAACAUACAAGGGAUUCGAAAUCAGAUACAUUACAUGGACAGUUAUAGCUGCUGAAUGGUCUCUUUAAAUGUGAAGGUUCAUUAUUGUUCCACAAGAUGUGUAUUUAUUUAAGGGCCAGAGCAAAUAAUGUGACCCAGUUUUACAGCUGUGAAACAGUAUAGCAGGUGUUGUUAAGUUGUGUUAAUUAAGCUGUGUCAGCAAUUGGGUAUAGUAUAUAAAGAGCAGCACCUAGCUCUCUCAGUACCCUGGGGGUAGGAUUGGUCGUGCUUAUUGAUAUAUUAUAAUGUAAAAGGAGUUUUUGUUUUUGUUAUUAAAACCUAGCUAAAGUUAUUUUGCAUUCCUUGUGAUGUGUGGUCUCCCCGGCAAGCUCUCUGCAGUGCAACUAAUCUGCAAAUAGCCAACACUAGCACUUGUCCACACUGGAGUUUUCUGUGUGUUUGCAUUUAAGUUGCAUGGUCUACUCUACGUGAUGUUACCCUCAAGCAACAGCAAUUGUGAUGCUUUCCCCCCUGUAAAUUCGGGUUUAUCCAAUAUAGGAAUAAUCCAGUGUUAGGGCAGUGGUUUUCAACCAGUGUGCCGUGGGACCCUGGGGUGCCUUGAAUGAUGGUUAGGGGUGCCGCGGGCAACACUGUCCCUCUUUCCCUCCCUCUGAUGCCCUCUCACAUCUCUGCCUCCCAAUGGCUUGCACAGCUGUUCGUUGCAGCAGCCCUGGCUACAAGCUCCCCAAGCCAAUGGUGCCUCUGGGGUUGGCCAGGUGGUGCUGGCUGCCAGGAGCUGAAGUGGGCUUGAAGUAAGCAAGCAAGUGGGCGAGGGAGCCCAGGCAGCCAGUUCACCUGCCCUUGCUGUUGGGAAUGGACAGACAAGUCCCAGGCCCCUGUGAGGCAGUGUGAGGAAGCAUCUCUCUUUGGGGUGGGGGUGGGGGCAGCUCAGAGACCAGGGGUGGCAGCAGUGACUGCCCGGAAGACUCUUGAGGAGAGGAGAAGAGAAAGGAGAGGAGGCUGAGGGAGCACUUCACAAGGGAGAGUGUUCACAAAAGGGUGAGAGGCUGCCAGAUCUGCACGCAAGGGGUAACGUAACUGGACUCCUGAGCCCCACAGGGCUGCCACAGAAUGUAGUUGGUCAAGGGAGCCGUGGACUCAAAAGGUUGAGGUAGGGGGAAUCAGGCUCCAAACUGCUCUACUUGGAGUUGCAAAUGCUUUGUUCUGUUACUGUAUUUCUGGUUUGGUGGAACAAUAGUCACUUUCUGCUGCUCCCCUUUCUAUGCCCACUGUGCCCUCCGAAGUUUCAUCCCAUCUCCUGCAGUUCUCACAAUUAUUUAAAAUAUGCUCUGCUGGAUCCCUCAGAUUUGCACAAAAUCAGAAGCAUGCGUGUACAUAAUGUGCACUGCUACCAUUUCCAUAGAUGACACUGAACAGAGAGAGGGAUUGCUGUUGCAGCUGCUGGGCCAACUCUUGUCUGGCCUUUUUUAUUACAGCCCUUGCUUAUUCAGGUAUGCAUACAAAGGCUAUUUGCAGGGGUGGCGCUAUGGUCUAAACCACCGAGCCUCUUGGGCUUGCAGAUAUUAAGGUCAGCGGUUCCGCCCGAUGGAGUGAGCUCCCGUUGCUCUGUCCCAGCUCCUGCCAACCUAGCAGUUUGAAAGCAUACCAGAUCAAGUAGAUAAAUAGGUAUUGCUGUGGCAGGAAGGUAAAUGGCGUUUCCAUGCGCUCUGGUUUCCAUCACGGUGUUCCGUUGCACCAGAAGCUAUUUAGUCAUGCUUGCCACAUGACCUGGAAAGCUGUCAGUGGGCAAAAACCAGCUCCUUCAGCCUAAAAAGCAAUACAGUGGACGCUCGGGUUGCAAACGUGAUCCAUGCGGGAGGCAUGUUCACAACCCGCAGUGCCACAUCUGCACAUGCGCGGGUUGUGAUUCUGCGCAUGCGCGACCACCGAAACCCAGAAGUAACCCGUUCUGGUACUUCCAGGUUGUGGGGCGUCCAUAACCCAAAAACCCCGCAACCAGUAGCGUCUGUAACCUGAGGUGUGACUGUAUGAGCACUGCACCCCAUAGUUGCCUUUGACUGGACUUAACCAUCCAGGGGUCCUUUACCUUUACCUUUACCUUUCAUAUGUAGGGGUACCAACAGGAUUCUCCUGUUUGCCACAACUUUGACUUUGCUCAUUGGCGGGAAAAACUGAAAGUGGAGCAGGUUUCUUUCACAAUGAAAUUGUGUUAAAUAGCGCCUGUUGCUGCUUUCGUUGGAUAAAUAAAUAAAAGUUUACAAAUAGUGCCAGCAUUUUCUCCAUCCAUCAUAGAUGAUAGACAUAACUAAUGGUGCAAAGCAGCCCUAUGCCCUGUACUGGCAUUAAUCUCUAGAACUAUGUGUUCCCAGAGGGCUUUUGUUACUGGACUGGUGCUGCUGUCCAAAGUUCUGCUUCUUGUUUCAUGCCAGGGUGUGGCAAACUCUUGAGAAAUGGUUUCUUAAUAAUUCCCCUGAUUUGAAUUGUUUCAAACCUUUUAGACCUUGAAAUACUCGCUGUAGCUCAAGGCUUAGCAGACGAACUGCUCAACUCGACUCUCCGAAACGAUGAAAUUAAAUCUGAUAUUGGUGAGUUACUUUGCGACUGUGGUGCUGAAAAACUGGAGCACAGGGGGAACUCGCUCUGAGGCUCAGCACCUGAUUAAAAAGAAAUCCUCUUUUACAGAGCUCCUGGAGGUGCAGAUGUCCUACCAUCCAAUGCACACAGCCCCUUAGCUGUAGUUGAAGCUGGUUCUGAGAUGUAUGUUUGGUUGAAAACACAAUAUUUAGUGCAUUUUUUUUUCUCAAUCUCCACUCCAGAAAGUAAAAUGAAUUUACCAGCUUUGGGAAUAGGAAAGGAAGCUGUUUUGUUGGAAGAGUAAAAUUGCCAAUGGAAAUAUAUAAGCUGAAAUCACAUAUUCUGUAUUUGGGUUAUUGGCCACAUUGGUCAUAAGGCAAAUGAAGAGUAGAACCCAAAGUGCAACCUGCGUUGUAUGCAGCAGAAGAGCACUUAGGAGAAGAAGCCAGGCUGGAUGAGGAAGUGAGUUGGGAGAGGGGUUAGCAGCCUGCAGCAGUUCUAUGUAGCUGAUUGCAGCUUCUGAGAGCUCAUAACCAGGAGCUCCUGACCUUGAAGAUGUAUAAAGAUGUAUAAAGAUACCCAUUUAGGGGCUCUGAAUCUGCCUGAAACUGGGAAGGACUGAAUCUCUGCGUUGGGGGCUACUAUGUUUGCAGUUUUCAGGCACCUUGUGAAACAGAAAACAAAAAGUUAUGGUUAUCAUGCUUUCCCAAUGCAAGUCAAAGGGAGAGUUGAAACUUACAUUUUCCAAAUAUUGCUUCGGAUUUUGGAUCCAAGGGGAGCAACUUUCCCUGGAUCCAAGGUUCUGAAUUGGGCACUGGAGCAAGGGGGGGAGGGUCUUGCUCAGCCCUACUGGUAUAGAAAUCCAUUGAUGGACACACACCCCAAAAGGGGAAGGAAAGUAAUGAUAUCACAGUGAAGAUAGAUCUUUGUCUACUAGUCAGAUAAACAUGCUCAUGUAGUUACCUACACAGAGUUUAGGCUUAUUACAGGAUUGCAGCUUUGAUAUAAUGUACUGGGGUGAUCUGUAAUUCAGCGAGCAAUACAUUUUGACCUGAUAGGCUCUUGCUUUUUAAUCUGCAAGAACGUAUAAGCUGGCUUCUACUGAAUAUCCUCCUUUCUUUUCUCUUUCUGCUAUUCCUGCAUUGCUGCCUUGGCCCAAGACAAGAUUACUGAAUUGCUGAAGGACCCACAAUGGAAGAUGCAUAACAGGGCCUCGUACUACUUUUCCAACGAGAAACAAUCGUGGGAAGAGUCCAGAAAGUAUUGUAUUAAGAAAAAAACUUCGUUAAUUUCUGUCAGCAAUGGUGAAGAACAGGUUAGCAGAACACUGGGGUGCAUAAAAGGCAAAGAAAAAGUCUCACAGGUUUUUUUUGGGGGGAGGGGGGUUGCACAUGAGCAUUUUAUUGCUUCCAACUCUCCUGUGAUCAGAAGAAAGGUGGAGGGGCACCUUUACAAGGUCCAUGCUCCAAUGAAGGGAGCAUACUAGAGGUGUACAGAAAUAGAAGCAACAACAGACAAUUUAGACAAAAUAUUACACAGUUACACAUUAAAAUGUUACAUUAAUGCAACGUUACUAAUAAGCUCUUAAUACAGGAUGGCAAAUAUGGUCUAAUAGGCAUUACUGAAACCCGGUGGGAUAAGAGUCAUGACUGGAAUGUAGAAAUUGAGGGUUAUAACAUGUUCAAAAGGAACAGACCAAACAGGAAGGGGAGAGGAGCAGCAUUAUAUGUAAAGGAUAUGUACACUUGUGGUGAGAUCCAUGACCUGGAGCAUAGAAAGCAGGAUGAGCGUAUAUGGGUAAAAAUUGUAGGUGAGGGAAAGAACAGUGGUCUUACUGUGGGUGUCUGCUAUAGCCCUUCAGACAGAGGACUUUGAUAAGGACUUCCUAGAGCAGAUGACCAAACAUUCAAAAAGGAGAGAGAUAGUAGUCAUGGGAGACUUCAGCUACCCUGAUAUUUGUUAGAAUUCAAACUCUUCCAAGAAUGGAAGGUCCAACAAAUUCCUCCAUUGCCUCACUGACAAUUUCAUUUCUCAGAAGGUGGAAUAUGCAACAAGGGAAUCAUCUCUCUCAGACCUGUUCAAAAAGGGAGGAACUGAUGGACAAAGUGGAAGUACUGGCAAUCUUGGGAGGAAGUGAUCAUGUUCUCCUGGGUUUCAUAAGAGAGAGGCAAAGAAAAACUGAGUGUAGUUGGACAUGCACUCUGGACUUUAAGAAGGCUGAUUUCAAAAAGCUUAAGGAAUUGCUGUGUGAAUCCCAUGGUCAGAAAUACUCAAAGAGAAGGGGGGCAGGUCCAAGAUGGCUUGGAUUUUCUUAAAGGUGAAGUAUAGAAGGCACAAAUGAAGACAAUUGCAACAAGGAGGAAAAGUGGGAGGCACCUAAAGAAACUGUGUGGCUGCAUAAGGAGCUUAUACGGUAGUUGAUCUACCAGCUCUUAGGAAAGGAUGCUGUCAUUAUUAAGAUCCAGCGUGGGUUUCUCAAAAACAAGUUGGUGUGAUGAAUCUCAUUUCCUUUUUUGAUGGAGUUACAAGCUUGGAGUAUCAGGGGAAUGCUGUGGACAUAGUGUACCUUGAUUUCAGUAAGGCUUUUGACAAAGUCCCCCAUGAUAUUCUUGCAAGGAAGCUGGUAAAAUGUGGGCUGAAUGAUAUCAAUAGUCUGAGCCAUUCAGAUAUUCCAGAGGUAAUCCAGGGCUUCAACUGGAGCACCAGUCAUAUCAUCCAGAAAAACCAGUAGAGCUGUCUGAAAAGUCAGUGGAUCCAUUAGCCUCCAAGACCAUCAAAAUAGGUCUUCUGCCUCUGCAGAGGAGAGAAGAUCUCAACAGGAAGCAUUCUGACCAUGACAAGGGGCUGAUAUGAAUAUCCCCCACUUUCAGAUCACCUUGUUCCUGCCUACUUGAGAAAUAGGUCCAGAAUGUGGCCUGCCACACGCCUUGGGCCAGUAACUCUCAGUUUGCAUUUCUUAGUACAAAAAGUAUUGAUCAGAUGUGUAGAGAUCUUUCCUAUUCUAAUUCAAUAAGGUUCUGGAACCUUCUCUGUGUGAAAGAAACAAGCAGAAAGUUCAUGAUGUUUGGGUUAUGCUUUCAGAGAAGCUGAGUACAGCCGGCUUAAACUGGUUCUCUUAUCUUUUUCAGUCACGGUCAUGCUGGCUAUAAAAGUAGGGCCAGAAGGAGCCUGGGUCUCACUCUCUCUUUCUGUCUCUUUUCCGUCUGGUGUGCUGUUCUGCACAUAGUAUGCUUAGUGUUAAGGUUUAGGCUUAUUAUAAAUUAUUGUAAGUUUAAGUUAGGUUUGCUGCAACUGGAUUUCUUAUGGACAGUGCCAAUCCUGAAUGUAUUGGAUUUGUGACCACCAUUAUGCUAAUUUGCCUUCAGUAGCAGUAAAGCUCUGCUGGAUGAAAUUAAAUUGCCUCUGGUCUAUUUUGGGGGGAAUCCUGCAAUUUGUUUACAUUUUUACUCUGCAAACUAUACAUUGGAAUCUACUCUGGAACAAUGUUGAGUAGAAGUAAGUCCUGAGCCAUCCCAGAGCCGGUCACCUCAGCAUGGAUGUUUAAGUUCCUAAAAACCAGCAGUCUGAGUGUCCUCUAUCAGCUCAGGCAGGGAGGCUGCUGGGCAGAGAGGCAGGUGGAAAAUUAGCAGAACCCCAUUUCUGUCCCAGCUGCCCAAUGCCAGGAACACACAAUCUAGCUCCCCUCAUUAAUUGGACAGAGAGCCUGGAGAGAGAGAAUUUCUGUAGACCACAGCAACUCCUCCUCCCUGACCCUCCAGUCUGCCCUGGGGCUGCACUGAGUUCCCAAGUGGGCACAGCUGGGUGAGACUUAGUCCUCACACCUUGACCGCUGCCAAAGAAGCAGGUGGGAAAUCAGCAAAAUCCCGUAUCUGUCUCAACUGCCCAAUGCCAGGAAUACACAAUCUAGCUCCUCUUUUUAUAGGAUAAGCUUUAAAGAACUCGAACCUGCUUCAUCAGAUGCAUCUGACAAAGUGGACUUUAGUUCCCUAAAGCUUAAGCCAUAAUAAAAAGCGAUCGUCUUUAAGUUAUCACAAGAUUAGUAUUAUUUUACAGGUCUGUAAUGUUUUAGUGUCUCCCUGGGGAUGAGCCACUCUCUGGAAACCUUUGAAAGGGGAAUCUAGACACUCAUUUCUUCUUUCUGGUUGUGCUUUUUUGCAGGACUUUAUAAACAAUGAAGGAGCUAAGUUUAAGAAACACUUCUGGAUAGGACUAAGGAAGAAUAACAAAAAACUGAAUGGAUUGGAAUGGCUUGAUGGUUCAGCAGUUCUUGAAGUGUGAGUUUGUAAAUAAACAUUCUUAAUGCCUUCAUUGCACACAGACUCCCAGAAAUCCAUUUUCAUUUGUCAACUUUUAAUUUGUCAGUAGGGUCUAGAAACUUAGCUCUUGUCACUUCUGUUUGCACUCAGAUUUUGAAACUUUCCCGUGUUAGUUCAGGCACAGGGAUCUGCUCUUCAUUAUGCAUGGACCUAGCUUAAUCCAUUAACUUCAAUAGGUCUGAUUAGAAUUAGCAGUGAAUACCACCCAUGACUUGUUUCUAUUCAAGUAGAUGGCAAGUGGAAGCCAAUGGGUUUUCUUUAGGGGUGAGGGAAGUUAACUGAUAGUGGUUUGUUUGGAGAGAAACAAAACAUGUGUUUGGGUUCACACAUUAUAAAAAGCCAGACACGGGUUUCUUUCUGGCUUGUUUCCUCUGCUAACAAGAGGAACAUUCUAAAACAUUGGGUUUUUAGUUUAAAAAAUUGUAAAGGAGGUGCAAGGGGGGGGGGUAUUUAAUAGCUGCAAGACAUUUAGUAGCCAUUUGAAACUGUUAUCAUUGAUUGCUUCGUUUUCUCAGGAGCCCUUGGUGAGAAACCUAUCUCCGCAAUGUUCCUGCAUACGUAUAUUUAUUGCUCCAACGAAGAAAAUAAAGCAAACAUUUAGUUUGAAUUGAUUUGUGCUGCCAUCUUUUUUUCAGAUUCUGGGAUACUGAGAUGAAGCAGCCCAGCGCAUCGCCAGAUGACAACUGUGUUUAUAUCACACAGAAAUGCAGACAUAGAUAUUGUUGGCGCGAUGCUGCCUGUUGGCACAAAAUGUCAUUUAUCUGCAAGAAGGCUCCAGAUCAGAAAUGGGAGAGGUAGAAGCCUUUAAAGGAAUAAAAAUGUGCUCUUUGAUUUCUGUUCAAAAUGAGCCUAAACCCAUCUGGGUGCUUCAAAAGCACCCAGUUCCUUUAAAUCAAUUAAGUAAAGUAUUACAUAUGCAACACCA